AUGGAAACUGACGCUACUAAACCUACUGUACGAAGCAAUAGGGCGAGGGAGCAGGGGAUGAGAGAGGAGCCUGAGGUUGUUCCAAAUGCUAAGCCAUGGAGUCGUGAAUCAUAUUUCGGUUCAUUUUUGUUUAAUCUGGGAGCGUUCGCCCUUCCCGCCUUGUACAGCACUCUCAGCAAGCUCUGGGUGGCAAACAUCGACGCGAAGCAAGUCGUCACGACAGAUAUCUACACUUAUAUCGGAGUGAUUGUGGAAGUGCUUAACGAGGGCCUGCCCCGCUCUGCAUGGCUCGUCAUUGGGAACAAGUCUACGCAGAGUGUCUCCUUACGGCUGAACCUGGCCUACACAAUGAUCCUUGCACAGACUGCCCUUGGAAUAACAAUGACAGUGAUAUUUUUGGCUGCUUCCAAGACUCUGGCCUCGGGAUUCGUGCCAGUGGAGGCUGUGACGUCUGCUAUAGAAGCCGCCUUAUCUGCAUCGACAAGGGCGCUGGAUAACCCCGACGUGCCUUUGAUCAUCAGUUCUGCAAAGUUCCUCAUCAACAUCGUCCUCGAUCUACUAGUCAUUUCAAAGGUACAUGUAGGUCGCUGGAAACCUACGAUUGUCAUGCAGGCCAUAAUUCGGCUUGUUUGUGAUAGUGUAUCGUCUUUGCUCGGACUGAUGUACUUUCUCACCGUUGUCGUCAGGCGCUGCCAAAAGGAUGCAGAUGGCCCGCAUAGACUGCGCUGUAGACUUUCCGCUUUAUUGACACUUAUCAAACCUAGUGCUUACACAUUUGCCGAGUCGGCUAUCCGAAAUGCGAUAUAUCUGUGGCUUGUUCAUAGAAUCAUACUACUAGGUAGUGACUAUGCAACUUCCUGGGGAGUCUUCAACACGAUCCGCUGGGGGCUUGUCAUGGUUCCCGUGCAGGCAUUGGAGGCUUCCACUUUGGCUUUUGUGGGUCAUAACUGGGGCCAGUUCCGUGCUGAAAGUGGCACUGCAUACCCCAAGGCAACUAGAAAUGAUGUCAUUGAGCUGAUUCAACCAGCGCUUUUCUCUUGCCUGGUUGCAUUGGCUUUCGAGACUAUCAUGUGCAUUGCACUAUCGUUGCGUGGGAUUGAGGCAUUUGCGCAUUAUUUAUCGGACUCGACGGCUGUGGCAAAGAUCACUCAAACUAUGUGGAAGAAUAUUGACUGGACGUACAUAUUCUAUGGUUUAAGUUGCCAGAUUGCGGCAAUUCUUCUGGCGACAUCGCCACGAUGGUACCUCUACCAAUCACUUGGAUCCAACUUCCUCUGGAUGCUGCCUUGGGCGAUUAUUGUAACAGUGAUAUCUUUGCCAAAUUCUUUAGCGUGGACAUAUUAUGCGAUCAUUUUUGGCGGAGCUCUUGUUUUCGACUUUGUUGAUGUGAGCUUGACUGCCGCCCUCUGGGCUUACAGACUCACGAGAGGGAAGGUCGGAAUUGGCCUAGAGAUACAGAGUAACUAA